GUUGGCUCCCUCGUAGUUGACGCAGCCCCGGCAGACCACCUCGCUGAAGUCCCACACCACGGUCCACGGCAUCUUCGGCAGGUCGCACAGUAUAAAAAUGCCCAAAGACGUAUCAUCAUCAUCAUCUUCGUCGAGCGAAGAUGAAGCGGAGAAUCCGGCGGCCUCGGAGUCGACAGAGACCAACAAUAAGACGACAAAGUUCGAGUGUCCUCAGGAUUUUGUGUCGUUCCGCCACGUGCCGUGCCGCAGCACCCUGACAGACAGCCUGAGGAACGGCGAGAAUGAGCUGUGGCUCAUCAAAGCCCCUCACAACUUCAACCCUGAAAGUUUCCGUGGCGUUAAGCUUCCUCUUUCCGGUCUUCAGACCCUGAAAGUUCCCUCUCCUGCGGGGACUCAACAGGUCUACAGCGUCCUGGCGUCGAGCCGCUGUUCCUCCGAGCUCCGCCUCCUCACCAGCGACGGCCGGGCUUCGGACGGCGCCACUUUUGGCCCCGAGUUUUCCGGCCUGCUGAACGUGUGCGAGAGUUACGGAGGCGGCGGCGGCGCCAACUGCGCCCCCCGGGUCAUCCCUGCCGCCCCGCCGCCCUCCAUACCCGCCGGGCUCAAGCAGCGCUUCCACCCCUUCGGCAGCAAGACCCCCACCCUCACCUACGUGGCCGAGGACGAGGCGGACGGCGCCGCCUUCGGGCCCUCGUCCACCACGCUCCGCCCCCUGGUGAUGAAAAGGUUCUCGGAGGAGGCGGCCGGCGAGGAUGACGAGGAUGACGAGGAUGACGAGGACGCCAGGAGGAAGAAGAAGAAGAAGAAGAAAGAGAAGCGGAUGAAGCUGGAGCAGAUGGAGGACAUCAUCAAAGUGAAGCAGGAACCCAAAGAUCCGUUCCAGGAGAGCGAGUCGCCGGCAGAGAAGAUUAAAAAGAAGAAGAAGAAGAAGAAGGAGCGGGAGGAGGUGGAGGAGGGGCUGGAGCCCAGCGUGACGGUGAAGGAGGAGGAGGUGCCCGUCAAGUGUGAACCCUCGGACGCUCAAUACGAUGACUCAGCAGAUAUCCCAGCAAAGAAGAAGAAGAAGAAAAAGAAAAGAACUGAUGAGGACUGAUGGACUUCCUUUUUUACUCAUUUAGCAGAAAACAGACCAGUUGAGUCGGUUGAACCUGAUUAAACUCGUUUAGCGUGUUUAAAAGCUUUAAAAGCAGAGCGAGUACAGCUGCAGGCAGGAUGGAAAAUACAAUUUUAAAGGAUGAAUUUCUUCGUUUUCUGCCAGUUCCUGUCAACCUGUGGUGGAUUGUAUGGGAUUAAAAACUGUGUUGCUGUGUUUAUUUACACAACCUUGUCACAAGAUCUGCUGCUUUUUGUUGCUUUGGUCAAAGAGUCGUGUUGUGGAGAUACGGCCUGCAGGAAAACAAAAUAAAGCCCAUUUCUACGGAAA